AUCAAUCAAACACUGGAACUCAAUCAUCAAUGGCGACUGCAACUUCUUCUCCUGCUUGCCAAUUCUUGACUCAUUUUGGGUCUCCAAGACCUCAUCCAAUUAUCUUCUCUCCCAUCUCCAAACAGACCCAUUUUCAACCUUACAGAAUCAUAGCUAAUGGUUCACUCCGAAAUAACUACUUCUCUCCAACUCCAACAAUCUCCUCCAAUUCUCCACUGCUAGUAAAAGCUCAAGCUUCCAUCAACGGAGAAAGAGAACCCAUGGUUCCUCCUUACAAUGUUCUUAUAACUGGCUCAAGCAAAGGAAUAGGGUAUGCCUUGGCGAAAAAAUUUCUGAUCGCAGGUGACAAUGUCAUAAUUUGUUCAAGAUCCGCUGAACGGGUGGAAUCUGCUGUUAACAACCUCAGAGAAGAAUAUGGGGAACAACGUGUGUGGGGUACUCAGUGUGAUGUUAGAGAGGCAGAGAGUGUGAAGAAUUUAGUUUUAUUUGCACAAAAGAACCUGGGGUACAUCGACAUAUGGAUUAAUAAUGCAGGAUCCAAUGCCUAUAGUUAUAAACCAUUGGCAGAAGCAUCAGAUGAAGAUCUUAUUGAAGUUGUUUCUACAAACACCCUUGGGUUGAUGAUUUGCUGCCGAGAGGCCAUCAAGAUGAUGUUGCAGCAGCCUCGAGGUGGUCAUAUUUUUAACAUUGAUGGAGCCGGUUCAGACGGAAGACCAACCCCAAGGUUUGCUGCAUAUGGAGCAACCAAACGUAGUGUUGUGCAUUUGACAAAAUCGCUGCAGGCUGAACUGCAGAUGCAAGAUGUUAAAAAUGUCGUAGUACAUAAUUUAUCGCCUGGAAUGGUUACAACUGAUCUUCUCAUGUCUGGUGCAACCACAAAGCAGGCCAAGUUUUUCAUCAAUGUUUUAGCAGAACCCGCUGAAGUGGUUGCAGACUACCUUGUGCCGAAUAUCAGGUCGAUCCCAGCAAGUGGAUCAUGGAAGCCAACGUAUAUUCGGUUCCUCACUGGAUUGAAAGCUUACUCUCAAAUAUUUUCAAGACUAGCAUUCGGUGCAAGACGAAACCGAUACGUGCAUGAAGAUUGAAGAACAUCAUCCAAUAUGUAAAGUUCCUAAAUCUUUAAGAUCCCACCCCCAUUUUUCUAUGCCAAAAUUGGUGUAUAACAUCCGCAGAAUUCAUGUACAUAUUGUUUUUUGUUUAGCAAGAAUUCCAUCCCUAAUGCUUUUCAA